AUGGAGACAUCUGCACAGGCCCUGGUUGCUGCCUCCAACGUAGGGAAUGCCGGGCAGGCUGAGGAGGUACCCGGGGAAGGAGGCCUGUCCCUGAAGACUGAGACCCGAGCUUGGUUCUGGAAGACCCAGGCCCACGGGCUCCUGCAGCGUGGAGCAGCGCCCACCUGGUUUCAUGGCUUCAUCACACGGAGGGAGGCUGAGAGGCUGCUAGAGAAGAAGCUCCAGGGAUGCUACUUGGUGCGAUUCAGCGAGAGCGCAGUGACCUUCGUGUUGACUUACAAGAGCCGGACUUGCUGCCGCCACUUCCUGCUGGCCCAGCUGGGCGACGGGCGCCACGUGGUGCUGGGCGAGGACAGCGCCCACGCGCGCCUGCAGGAUCUGCUGCUGCACUACACUGCCUGCCCGCUCAGCCCCUACGGGGAGAUGCUCACCCAGCCCCUCGCCCGCCAGACUCUGGAACCCACUGGACUUUCUCUAAGGACUGAACCCGACCCCAGAAGCAGAAGUCAGGACGCAGAGCCCCCGUAUAGUCCAAUCCUCAAAAAGGAGCAGGCCGCAGCCCCCGCGCAAAAACAGGGAGCAGAUGAGCCUAAGGAGCCGCCCAGGCCCAAGCCUCCCGUCCCUGCCAAGCCUCAGUUACCCCCGGAAGUCUACACCAGCCACGCUAAGAAACUCCACCGGGUUCGGCCCCACAAGCCCUCCAACCCCAUCUACCACGAACCUGAAGACCCUAUCGCCUUCUAUGCCAUGGGCCGGGGCAGCCCGGGAGAAGCCCCUGGCAAUAUUUAUUCUGAGGUGGAGAUGGAAGCACCUUCCAGGGGUGAGGACCAGAAGACCGUCCGCCAGCACCCAGCCCUACGCAAGUGCUGGUCCAGGCCAGUCUCUGGAGGCCAGAAUCCAGGUGUCCAGCAACAGUGCUCUGAAAACUCUGUGGCUAGACAGGGCCCUCCACUGCACCAUCAGCCCCUGCCCCGCUGGGGACACACCCUACCCCAUAACCUUUCUAAAUAGUUGCUUCCGG